AUGGUGAAACGUGUGCUUGUUGGAUAUGGCAUCGAUGUGGAUGCUGUCAGUGGCUGGAUUAACACGGAAGAUGGUCAUUUGCCAGACCUGACGGACGUGUCGCGUGGCAUAUUUGGCGCAACGGUUGGAAUUGACCGACUCCUCAAUCUAUGGGACAAAUAUAAUAUCAAAACGUCCUGGUUUGUCCCAGCUCAUUCGAUUGAAUCAUUCCCGUCUCAGAUCAAAAAGAUUAAAGAUUCAGGUCACGAGAUUGGCUUGCAUGGCUACUCACAUGAGCAUGUGGACGCACUCACGGAGCAGCAAGAGCGGGAUGUUCUAGCUCGGUCCAUCGAAGUUAUCACAAACUUCACAGGCGAAUACCCCAAAGGUUGGACUGCGCCAUCUUGGAGAACCUCGCGCCGGAGUAUCAAGCUCUUGGAGGAAUUCGGAAUCCAAUAUGACCAUUCCUUUAUGCACCAUGAUUCACAGCUCUACUAUGUGCCAUAUGCCCCCGAGAAGCUCUCUAUGACGGACAUCUCAAAGCCUGCUGAUCAAUGGAUGAAGCCAAUGAGUAAGCUUGUGCCUAGCAGCAUUGUCGAGGUGCCUGCCAAUUGGCAUUUGGACGAUUGGCCUCCGUUCCAGCUCGUUGAGGGUCCCUCUCAUGGAUACGUGGAUCCCGACACCAUUGAGCGGUUAUGGAAGGCGCAGUUUGACUUCUUCUAUCGCGAGUACGACACAUUCGUCUUUCCAAUCUCGAUUCAUCCCCAGGUCAGCGGGAAACCGCAAGUGAUCAUGCUGCACGAACGAUUGAUUGAGUACAUCAAUUCACAUGAAGGGGUGGAAUGGUGUACUUUUGCCCAAAUGGUCGAAGAAUUCAAGGCUGGGAGAAUCGGAGGCGCAGAGGUGGAAGCCGGUGCUGAUGCGUGA